AAUCAUCACAUUCCUGGGAAACAACCGGCUCGAUUCAGUAGAAGCAUAUUUGCUGCACGUGACGAAUAUUGGAAAAAAAUCCGCAACAUGUUGACGCCUACGUUCAGUGCGGGAAAAAUGAAGCUGAUGGUGCCACUGAUCGAGAAGUCAUGCGACGUGCUAAUGGAGAAACUUGAAAGAAUUGCUGCUACAGAGUGCAGUUCGAUGAAAUGUUGUGAUAUCAAAACCAUAGUAAUUACAACAACCAAUCAGAACAAAGAAAUAUCACAAAGAACCAAUGAGAACCCAAAUGAUAUUGUCUUCACUUCAGGUGACAGUGUGGAUGUGUCCAACUGGUUUAGCAAGCUUACUCUCGAGCUCAUCCUGUCCACCGCGUUUGGCGUGGAUGCGGCGAUCCAAACAGACCCAAACAGCGAGAUUUUGCGCAAAGCGCGAGAGAUUUUUGGCGCCCCCUCAUCCUUACGUGUUCUUCAUCGCCUUCCAUUUGGAAGUUACCUACUUCGUUUCAUAAAUCACUUAAAAGGAGUAAAAGGCGAAUACUUUGAGGACCUGGCAAAGGACAUUAUAAAGAGGCGCCUUGAAGUGGGAACAAACGGAAGAGUUGACCUUUUACAGUUGAUGUUGACCGCCAAUGAGGCAGCUGACGAGGCCAGUAAACUUUCUGAGGAUGAACUUGUUGCUCAGUCGGUUUUCUUUUUGUUAGUCGGCUACAAAAACACAAGCAAUUCCAUGGCCUUUAUCACUUACUUCCUGGCAACGAAUCCUCAAGUCCAAAAUGAGUUAAGAAAAGAAAUUCGAGAGGCACAAAAGUCAAAUCCAAAGGCGUCAAUCUUCGAUAUCGCCCAAGACAUCGAUUACCUUGAUUGCGUCGUGAACGAAUCUCUCCGACUAUGCCCGCCUAUAUUUCAAAUGAAUCGCUCCUGCCAUGAAGAUCAUGACAUUGAAGGUAUUCACAUCCCAGCAGGAAUGGAAGUGAUAAUUCCAACGUUCGCAAUUCAUCAUGAUCCCGAAGCUUGGCCGAAUCCCGAAAAGUUUGAUCCGGACAGAUUCCGAGAGAAAAACGAAGGCACUCGUCACUCGUACCAGUUUUUGCCUUUUGGAGCAGGUCCUCGAAACUGCAUCGCGAUGAGGUUCGCCUUGAUGGAAAUAAAGAUCGCAUUAGCGAAAGUAUUGAUGAAAUACAAGUUCGUUCAGUCACCAGAAACACAAGUUCCACUGGCCUUACAUACAGGGGUUAUGCUAUCGCCAAGAAAUGGCAUCUUUCUCAGAGUGGAAAAUGCGUAAGAAUCUUUUUUUCACGCUUUAAAAGCCCUCCUUCAUUUUUAAUCGACUUUGAACCGAAUUUUAUAAACAAGUUAACAAUAUUUUUUAAUUAGGGCGUAUAUUUUUAGCUUUAAUACGAUAAUUAACGGCAGGUUUUCAUAAUAAAAUUAUGUUACUUUUUUGGGA